AUGCUAUCGGAGGAUUUUGUCCGUGGGAUGCUCUACCUGUCCCUCACUGUUGUGGGAGUCCCAGGUAACGCGAGCGUCAUCCUGGCAUUCCUCCUCUUGCUUUACCAGGAGAACCGCCUCCUCCCCGUUGAUGCCAUUGUCCUGCACCUGGCCUGCGUCAACCUGCUGGUGGUGGGUGUUCGCUGUCUGCUGGAGACCCUGGCUUCCUUCCACCUGGCCAGCAUAUUUGGAGAUGUAGGCUGCAAGGCUGUGAUCUUUGUCUACAGAACAUCCCGUUCCCUCUCAAUCUGGCUCACCUUCAUCCUGAGUGCCUACCAGUGCUUGAGUUUCGCUCCUCCCGGAUCACGCUGGGCCUCUGUCCGCACCUUGGUAGCCAAUUAUUUAGGCUUUGUGUUCCUCUUCCUCUGGUUCCUCAACACCUCCAUGAGCUCGGCAUCUAUACUUUUCUCUUUCGGCACCAAAAAUUACACCACCCUAACAAACUAUAGCAUCAAUGUACAAUUCUGCUAUGUUAACUUUCCUUCAAAAUUGUCCAAAGAGGCAAACGGGGCAGCCCAGGUGGGCAGAGAUAUGGUGCCCAUGGCCCUCAUGAGCCUGGCCAGUUUGAUCAUCCUGGUCUUACUUUAUAAGCACAGCCGGCAGGUGAAGGGGCUCCGCAGCAGCAGCGGAGGUGGGGGAAGUGGUGCCGAGCAACGAGCUGCCAAAGUUGUGGUAGCACUCGUGACCUUGUAUGUGGUUCUGUAUGGGGUAGAUAAUGGGCUUUGGGUGUACACGCUCACUGUGAGGAGGACCAUGCCUUCCUCGCUGAUCUCUGACCUGCGUAUAUUCUUCUCCUCACUCUAUGCAGCGCUAAGCCCUGUGGUCAUUAUUGCCUCCAACAGGAAGGUGAAUGGCAGGCUGAGGUGUGUAGUGCAGAAGAAGCCUGUUCAAGAAAAAGACACAAGUCUUUCUGCUCUGUGA